UCCCUGACCCAGUGACCUAGGAGCUCGACGACCAGUCCUGGAACCUGCAUAUAGGUUUGGAGAGCGGUAAGGAGUCGUUCAUCUGUCCUGGUGUCCCCGGAGUAGGGCUGCGAGAUGACCCCCAUGACCUUGGAGGAAGAGCAGGCCCAGGAGGCUAGGAGUGAGGCUCCUUCUCUUACCUAUUACUACACCUGCCCCUCCAACUCCUUCUCCCACUCUGAUUACCACACUGGCUUCUUGACCCAGCCCCUUCACGCAUCUGGGGAGAAGACGGAGGAAGAGGCGGAACAAGAAACGAGGUACGCUUACUACACCUGCGUGAAGACCGUGACCGGCGUGGCCAUCGCCUGGGAGACCAAGGCUGGAUUCUGCCCGGUCCGCAAUAGGCCUCAAGUGUUCGAGAUGGAAUUCACCGCGAGGAAGAGAGCUAGGAAGGAGAACGACAAGGAGAAAAGCCCCAAGAGGAGAAAAAUGAGCAGAAACUCGAGCAACAACAGUGACGAGCCCUGGCUGGAUUCCCCCUGGGAAGAUCACGAGGCUGACACACCCGAACCCCUGCGAGACACCGAGGAGAGACGGGACGCUCCCGAACCGCUGGACAUGCCCACAACAUCUGAGGCCUGCGAGGAGAACCGGAAGACCCCAGAGUGGCUCUCGACCAACGCUAGAGGCUUCCGCUGCAUGGCCUGCUGCAGGGUAUUUCCCUCCAUGAAAGCCUUCAGGCAGCAUGUCAUGCACGGAGAAAAAGAGGGCUUCACCUGCCACAUUUUCCACAAGAAGAUGAGGGAAAGCAGAAGGGUUUCACAACGGUCCUCACGUAAGGUCUGGAACCUCUGUGGCUGCCGAUUAAGGAAAAAAUAA